AUGGCUGAAACGGAACAAUUGUCCAAAAAUGAACUAAAACGCCGCUUGAAGGCCGAACAAAAAGCCAAAGAAAAGGCCGAAAAGGAAGCUUCCAAGGCAGCAACUACCCCCGCUGCCGGCAGCACGGAAGGCAAAAAGAAACCCUCAUCGGCCCUAGAUGAGGAAAUUUCACCAAAUGAAUAUUUCAAAUUGCGUUCGGCUGCAGUAAAUGAGUUGAAAAAAUCCCCCGAUACUCAUCCCUAUCCACAUAAGUUCCAUGUUAGUAUAUCACUGGAAAAUUACAUUAAUAAAUAUGGUAAUCUCAAGGAAGGUGAAAUGUUGGAAAAUGAACAGUUGAGUAUUGCUGGUCGUGUCCAUGCCAUUCGUGAAUCUGGCGCCAAACUCAUCUUUUACGAUUUGCGUGGUGAAGGUGUUAAACUGCAAGUUAUGGCCAAUGCCAAAUUGUACAAAGAUGAACAAUCAUUUGAAGUCGAUACUGGUAAAAUACGUCGUGGUGAUAUUAUUGGUAUUAAUGGUUUUCCAGUCAAGACCAAAAAAGGCGAAUUAUCAAUUGCACCAAAAGAGAUCACACUUUUGUCUCCCUGUCUGCACAUGUUACCCCAUUUACAUUUUGGCUUGAAAGACAAGGAAACCCGUUAUCGUCAAAGAUAUUUGGAUUUGAUUUUGAACAAUCGUGUUCGCGAAAUUUUCCAAAUUCGUGCCAAGAUCAUUUCCUAUGUCCGUCAAUUCUUAGAUCGCAUGGGUUUCUUGGAAAUUGAAACGCCCAUGAUGAACAUGAUUGCCGGUGGUGCCACUGCCAAACCCUUCAUUACACAUCACAAUGAUUUAAACAUGGAUUUGUAUAUGCGCAUUGCUCCCGAGUUAUAUCACAAAAUGCUUAUUGUCGGUGGUUUGGAUCGUGUCUACGAGAUUGGUCGUCAAUUCCGUAACGAAGGUAUCGAUUUGACACAUAAUCCCGAAUUCACCACAUGCGAAUUCUAUAUGGCCUAUGCUGAUUAUAAUGAUCUAAUUGAAAUAACCGAGCAAAUGGUAUCGGGUAUGGUCAAGGCCAUUCAUGGAACCUAUAAAAUUAAAUAUCACCCCGAAGGUCCUGAGGGUCCCGAGGAGGAAAUUGAUUUUACACCACCCUUCCGUAGGGUUAGUAUGAUUAAGACACUGGAGGAGAAAUUAAAUGUGAAAUUCCCCCCAGCCACAACGCUGAAUACCAAGGAGACAAAUGAUUUUCUAUCGGCAUUGUGUGUCAAACAUAAUGUAGAGUGUCCCGCACCCAGAACUACGGCUCGUCUGUUGGACAAAUUGGUGGGCGAAUUUAUUGAAGAGACCUGCAUCAAUCCCACCUUCAUUUGUGAGCAUCCACAAAUUAUGUCACCCUUGGCGAAAUACCAUCGCACCGAACCAGGUCUAACGGAACGUUUUGAAUUGUUUGUCAUGAAGAAGGAAAUUUGUAAUGCCUAUACGGAAUUGAACGAUCCCGUUGUCCAGAGGGAACGUUUCGAACAGCAGGCCAGUGAUAAGGCAGCCGGUGAUGAUGAAGCCCAAUUGGUAGAUGAAAACUUCUGUACCGCCUUGGAAUAUGGUCUACCACCAACUGGUGGUUGGGGUCUGGGUAUUGACAGAUUAACAAUGUUCCUCACAGAUUCCAAUAAUAUUAAGGAGGUCCUAUUGUUCCCCGCCAUGAAGCCAGAUGAUCCCAAUCGUGCCCAUCCUGCUGAACUUAGUAAUACCGAGGAACAGAAGAAAUAA